AUGACUGCAUUCUCUCUGGUCAUUGCCAGCACACUGAUGGUGUUUGGUCGUCUAGGCGAUAUGUUCGGAGGCUACCCAGUAUUCAUCGGCGGACUGGCCUGGCUUCUGAUCUGGAGCAUUAUCACUGGCUUCAGCACUAGUUCAAUUAUGCUCAACGUGUGUCGAGCCCUGCAAGGACUAGGAGCCGCUGCGGCUCUCCCGACCGGUAUCCAGAUCAUGGGCUCGACUUAUCGCCCCAGCCAACGCAAGAACCUUGUGUUCGCCGUUUAUGGUACGUCUGCUGUGGUAGGCUUCUAUGGUGGCAUGUUCUUUGCGGGACUCAUUGGCCAAUACACGAGAUGGGGAUACUACUUCUGGGUUGGUGCUAUCAUGAUCGGGAUCACGCUCGCAUCCUCACUCUAUGCCAUUCAACCAGACCAAGCGCAGAAGGUGGAAGGGAGACCGCAAAUGGAUUAUCUCGGCGCAAUCACUGUCGUGAUAGGACUGGUGCUUUUAGUAUUCAGCAUCACGCAAUCCGCACAUGCAACGGCGGGUCGGCGGACGCCGUACAUCAUUGUCUGCUUCAUUCUAGCAGUCAUCUCGCUCUCUGCGGCUGUGUACGUUGAGGCGCGUGUGGCCUCUCACCCGUUGCUGCCGGCUUCGAUCUUCCACACACGGUCGAUGACUCCGUUACUCUUCGCCCUCCUUCUGCUGUUCGGCUCAUGGGGCAUCUUCUCUGUCUAUGGUACAUUCAUUCUGGAGGGCUUCAUCCUGCAUCUUGUCCCUGCUCGACUACUGCUCGGCAUUUCCGGUCUUGGAGCGCUGGGAUCGCAGCUUCUCCUCGCAUUUAUACCUGGCGCCAAUGCAAAUUACUGGGCCCGGGUCUUUCCUGCCACAAUCCUCAGUACCAUCGGCAUUGAUCUAUCCGUAAUCCUGAUGACCGUCUUCAUCACCACAACAUUUCCUUCCGCACAACAAGGGCUCGCGGGCGGGGUCCUCAACUCCGUGCUCCAGCUUGGCGUUGCGCUUACACUCGGCCUGACGGAUAUUGUUCAGUCAGCAACGGUCGACCAGGUAGGCUUGGCCAGGAGUUACAAGGACACUUUCUGGUUCGGUGUCGGUGUCAGUGGUAUAGGUCUCAUAUUGAUGCUGGUCUGGGGUAAAAUACCGAAGGCGACUAGUGAGCUGACUCCAGAAGAAAGGGCUGAGCUUGUACAAGUGGCAGAAGACGAGCUUCAGGAUGAUGUGGUCCAGUCAGAUGCACAAGCCAGUCGCAUAGAUCGUAUCGAUUAG